CCGCCAGCCGACAUCUCCGGCUUUACAACUUCAUGACCUUCAAGACCCUUCUCUCUCUCUCUCUCUCUAGAGACUUUUUUCCGUAAGAAUUUUCCUCUUUUAGAACUAGAAGUACAGGAAAGGCCUCUCUCUCUCUCAAUCAGAGAGAUUUUCAAGCUCCGGGUAUGGUAAGGAUAGGGACUUGAAAAAAUGGGGGCUUGUGUUUCAAUCCAUAAAGACCCAGAAUCCAACAUGAAGUUCAGACUAUCAGUCGGGUCUAAAACUGAAAACCUUGUGAUUCCUUCACCGGUCAAAGACAAACCCACAGUCAACGGCAACAUCCCGAUCCCCGACGGCAGUCUUAAAUCUCAGUGGUCGACCUCUCAACCACCCCCUACUGUUCGUGAUAUUGGUAGUAAAGAGGAGACCUUUUUUGAUUCCCAACCCUGGUUAGACUCAGAUUGUGAUGAUGACUUCGUCAGUGUUAAUGGUGAUUUCACCCCAUCUCGCGGUAGCACUCCGGUCCACCACAGCUUCUCUGCAGGACCCCCACAACUUCAUAAAGCCCAUUUUGAUGCUGAAACGCCCGGUUCUAAACCCCCACCGAAAAGACUAUCUGAACUUUUUCGAGAGAGCUUCCAAAAUAACAAAGAAGUUGGUGAACAGAAUAUAAUCAGUAACCAAAACGGUGUGAAUGGAAAGACUGAAGCCAAAAGCCCCAAGUUUGGCCUCCCUCCGAGAUCUGCAAACAGUACCCUUUUUGCCUCGGGAGCUAACUCUGUGUGCAGUACCGAACGAACACCAACUAUUGGAGACUACGUAAUUGAGAAGGAGAAACCAAUGGGGUCCAUGCGGUGCUGUAUUCCAAGAGUGCUUUCAAGCCGAGGCUUUAGCGGGAGGAAGACCCCCCCUCGCAGCGUUGGGUGAGUGUCGAAUUUUGAUUAUGGUGUAAGUAAAAUGUACAUGAAACUUUUCUAAUGCAAGAACUCAGAGAUCCUUCAGAGUCAGCCUUAAGUUUGAGAUGUCGAGUUUAUGUAAAGAAAACACUGUUCGCACUGCAGAGAUUUUUGCUUCGAAUAACUUGUAUGAAACAGCAGAGAAGGUAAAUCAUGCCUGAAAGAAUUCCAGGUGAGUUUUGUCUUCGACUUUUCA